AUGGCCACAGCGACCUGGGUGGCAGCCUGUGGUUCUAAACUGGAGAUCACCAAAAAGGACUUGAAGGUUCAUCAAUGUAAGUCAAUUUCAGAUCUGAAAGUUCAUCUCCAGACCACUGAUUAUGGCAACUUCCUGGCCAAUCAAAUGAACCCUCUCACUGUUUCCAAAAUUGACGCUGAGAUGAAGAAAAAGUUAUACAGAGAAUUUGAGCAUUUCCAGAAUCAUUCCCUGGAGCCCCAUCACCUACAUAAUUUCCCAGACACACUGACCUCAUCUUACAUGAUCAGCAGUGUGGUUCUACUGGUGAAUGGCACCUUGCAGAAAAAGUCUGUAAAGGAAGUUCUAAGGAAGUGUCACCCACUGGGCCAAUUCACAGAAAUGGAAGCAGUCAACAUCGCAGAGAUGCCUUCUGACCUCUUCAUUGCAGUCCUGGUGGAAACACCCUUAGUUCCAUUCUUUCAAGACUGCAUGUCCGAAAAUACAUUAGAUGAACUGAAUAUUGAAAUACUGCACAAUAAACUGUACAAGUCUUACCUGGAGGCAUUCUAUAAAUUCUAUAAGAAUCAUGGUGAUGUCACAGCAGAAAUUAUGUGUCCCAUUCUUGAGUUUGAGGCCAACAGACAUGCUUUUAUCAUCACUCUUAACUCCUUUGGCACCGAAUUAAGCAAAGAUGACCGGCAGGCCCUCUACCCAACCUGUGGCAAGCUCAACCCUGAAGGGCUGCAUCUGCUGGCCCAAGCGGAUGACUUUGAACAGAUGAAGAAAGUAGCAGACUACUAUGGAAUAUACAAGCCUUUGUUCGAGACUGUGGGUGAUGGCAGUGGGGGAAAGUCUUUAGAUGUGUUUUAUGAGCAUGAGGUGAAGAUGAACGUGCUGGCAUCCAACAGGCAGUGCCACUGUGGUGUGUUUUAUGCUUACAUUAAAUUGAGGGAACAAGAAAUGAGAAACAUCGUGUGGAUUGCAAAAUGCAUCUCACAAAGAUAUUGGACUAAAAUUAAUAGCUACAUUCCAACUCUGUAA